CCUCGGGUAGUUAGUGACAGCCAGCUCCGGUUAGCGAGCGCUGAGCCUCGGGUAGUUAGUGACAGCCAGGCCCGGUUAGCGAGCGCUUAGCCUCGGGUAGUUCCUUUGUUAUUAUGUGCGAGCAUGUAUCCUAGCAACGCUGACAGCACUUCUGAUUGGUUCAGAGAGACAAAGUUGCGCCACAGCUGUAAAUAGACUCCCGCAUGUAUCCUAGUAACGCCUCGCGCAUGAAGGUGCGUGAUGUCAUAAAAUACUUGCGCGUGACGUCAUCCGUUUAUAUAAAUAGAGGCGCGCAUGAGGGAGCAGGACCAGACACGACUGGGAUUACAAACAGACACCCUGAGCUCACUGCAGAUCCUGUACCGAGACAAUGGCUUUUAAGAGCUGGUUGAAAAAACUGACCUUCGGGAAAAAGUCCCGCAGGAAUGAGGAGAAAGAGAGGCAGCAGAAAGAGAAAGAGAGGCAGCAGAUAGAGAAGGAGAGGCAGCAGAAAGAGAAGGAGAGGCAGCAAAUGCUGCAGAAAGAGAAGCAGAGGCAGCAGAAAGAGAAGCAGAGGCAGAUAAAGAAGGAGAAACAGUUAGAGAAGGAGAGGCUGCAGAUAGAGAAGGAGAGGCAGCAGAAAGAAAAGGGAUGGCAGCAGAUGCUGCAGAAAGAGAAGCAGAGGCAGCAGAAAGAGAAGGAGAGGCAGAUACAGAAGGAGAGGCAGAAAGAGAAGGAGAGGCUGCAGAUAGAGAAGGAGAGGAGGCAGAAAGACAAGGGAUGGCAGCAGAUGCUGCAGAAAGAGAAGCAGAGGCAGCAGAAAGAGAAGGAGAGGCAGAUAAAGAAGGAGAGACAGUUAGAGAAGGAGAGGCUGCAGAUAGAGAAGGAGAGGCAGCAGAAAGAAAAGGUAUGGCAGCAGAUGCUGCAGAAAGAGAAGCAGAGGCAGCAGAAAGAGAAGGAGAGGCAGAUAAAGAAGGAGAGGCAGAUAGAGAAGGAGAGGCAGCAGAAAGACAAGGGAUGGCAGCAGAUGCUGCAGAAAGAGAAGCAGAGGCAGCAUAACGAGAAGGAGAGGCAGAUAAAGAAGGAGAGGCAGAUAGAGAAGGAGAGGCUGCAGAUAGAGAAGGAGAGGCAGCAGAAAGACAAGGGAUGGCAGCAGAUGCUGCAGAAAGAGAAGCAGAGGCAGCAGAAAGAGAAGGAGAGGCAGAUAGAGAAGGAGAGGCAGAUAGAGAAGGAGAGGCUGCAGAUAGAGAAGGAGAGGCAGCAGAAAGACAAGGGAUGGCAGCAGAUGCUGCAGAAAGAGAAGGAGAGGCAGCAGAAAGACAAGGAGAGGCAGAUAGAGAAGGAGAGGCAGAUAGAGAAGGAGAGGAUGCAGAUAGAGAAGGAGAGGCAGCAGAAAGACAAGGGAUGGCAGCAGAUGCUGCAGAAAGAGAAGCAGAGGCAGCAGAAAGAGAAGGAGAGGCAGAUAGAGAAGGAGAGGCAGAUAGAGAAGGAGAGGCUGCAGAUAGAGAAGGAGAGGCAGCAGAAAGACAAGGGAUGGCAGCAGAUGCUGCAGAAAGAGAAGCAGAGGCAGCAGAAAGAGAAGGAGAGGCAGAUACAGAAGGAGAGGCAGAUAGAGAAGGAGAGGCUGCAGAUAGAGAAGGAGAGGCAGCAGAAAGAGGCAGCAGAAAGAGAAGUAGAGGCAGAUAAAAAAGGAGAGGCUGCAGAAAGACAAGGGAUGACAGCAGAUGCUGCAGAAAGAGAAGGAGAGGCAGCAGAAAGAGAAGGAGAGGCAGCAGAAAGAGAAGGAGAGGCAGCAGAAAAAGAAGGAGAGGCAGCAGAAAGAGAAGGAGAGGCAGCAGAAAGACAAGGAGAGGCAGCAGAAAGAGAAGGAGAGGCUGCAGAAAUAGAAGGAGAGGCUGCAGAAAUAGAAGGAGAGGCAGCAGAAAGAGAAGGAGAGGCAGAAAGAGAAGGAGAGGCAGCAGAUAAAGAAGGAGAGGCUGCAGAUAAAGAAGGAGAGGCUGCAGAUAGAGAAGGAGAGGCAGCAGAAAGACAAGGGAUGGCAGCAGAGGCAGCAGAAAGAGAAGGAGAGGCAGCAGAUAAAGAAGGAGAGGCAGCAGAAAGAGAAGGAGAGGCUGCAGAAAUAGAAGGAGAGGCUGCAGAAAUAGAAGGAGAGGCAGCAGAAAGAGAAGGAGAGGCAGAAAGAGAAGGAGAGGCUGCAGAUAAAGAAGGAGAGGCUGCAGAUAAAGAAGGAGAGGCUGCAGAUAGAGAAGGAGAGGCAGCAGAUAGAGGCAGAGAGGCAGCAGAUAGUGGUGGAGAGGCAGCAAAUAGAGGAGUAUAGCAUUGCUCCACCUAUAGCGCCCCCUCUCCCCAACAAGUAUUUAGCGCCGUGGCAGGGGGCGUCAGAUAGAGAAGGAGCAGCAGGAGGAGCUGCAUUAGAAGGAGGCGACAUAAAGAGAAUGAAGUCUCUGGUCUACAUGGUGAACUCAUUCAUAGCUCCAUGUGGUAAUAACCUCUCUAUGAACUCCUCUGAUCCAUCUGUAUCUACAUAGUGAGCUCAUUCAUAGCUCCAUGUGUUAAUAACCUCUCUACGAACUCCUCUGAUCCAUCUGUAUCUACAUAGUGAGCUCAUUCAUAGCUCCAUGUGUUAAUAACCUCUCUACGAACUCCUCUGAUCCAUCUGUAUCUACAUAUUGAGCUCAUUCAUAGCUCCAUGUGUUAAUAACCUCUCUACGAACUCCUCUGAUCCAUCUAUAUCUACAUAGUGAGCUCAUUCAUAGCUCCAUGUGUUAAUAACCUCUCUACGAACUCCUCUGAUCCAUCUGUUUCCACAUGUUGAGCUCAUUCAUAGCCCCAACUUUUACUUUUCCAACCUCCAACAAUAUUCAAACUUUCAACUUCUUUCUGUAAAAAAAAUUACAAAACACAGUACUUUUACUUUUAGUACUGGAGUAUAGGUUUGCAACUAAUUUUUAUUUGUAUAUUUGUUAGAUUAAUCGAUUAGUCGCAAUUAUUAUUAUUUUUUCACGCCCUCCAUUUUUUGUAAUUUGUUUAUUGGGUUUUUAAAAUUAUGAAACAUUGGUUAAACAGCAUAGAUAUCAUUAAACACAGUGUAUAAAGCUAAAUAUAUUAUACAAAAGCCCUUCAAGAGUAAAGAGAAAAAAGAAAAUACAAAGUAUGUUUUAAUUCUUUGGUGGACAUAUAUUGGGGGGGGGGGGUAGUAAAACGAGUUUUGCAGUACAUUUUGAUAGUUUGACAAAACAAUUACAAAGUAUAUUAUAGGAAACAUUCACACAGGUUGGAUGUUGUUUUCAGGAGAUUCUAGGAUACUUAGGAUACUUAUAUAUACUUGUAUUUUUUUCUUCAUUUUUUACUUUUUGUUACUAGUAUAGUGCAGGAAUUUAACUCACCACAGGUACUAUAGAAAUCAGUGUUUAAACUGUACAGAACUAGUAAAGUCAGACUGUAUAGUAAAGUUUUUUAGUUAUUUAUCAUAAACUCUUCAACAUGACAGAUGAGGAAUAGUGUGCCAGCAAAGGUUACAAGAAUUUUGGUACUUUUAUAAAAUGGUAUUCCCAAAAUAAUUUAAAGUAUAUUAGAAGAAUCUGAUUAAACGUCUUCCUGUGUGUGUAGAUAAUGAAACGUAAUGCAAAGGGUGACAUAUUUGCAUGUGAGCAAUGCUAUACUUGUAUAUAGUAAUGAUAAAUAAUCAGGAUAAAUUGACUUAUCAUUAAAACAUUGUACCCAUUUUUAAUUUAAUACACAAUAACAUUCACGAAACAUUGUAUGACAAAUUUAAACUAUUGAAUAAAUGUAAAUUUCAAGAUGAAAAGCAACAAAAAACAUAUAUAGAUUUGGAAAUGUAGGAGUUGGUAGAAUAUAAUCCAGUGAAAUCUGUGAAUUAAUUUUGAGAUUUUUUUUUUAAGCCAAAUAUGUCAACCAUCCAUUAAUAUCUAUAUUUUCAAACUUUUAACUUCUUUCUGUAAUAACUACCCAACACAAUACUUUUACUUUUAGUACUUGAGUAGAACAUUUUUAUAAUAAUAGAAUAAACUACUUGCAAAUGUUCGUUUGCUAGACGAUUAUGGGAGUCCAAACUUGUGUUUUUAGCGUGGAUCUCCGUGGAAACCGUGGUGCACCCAAAGUGUGAUUACGGUGCGCGGCAGUGGACAAAUAUCUAUUUUAUUAAAGGCGAGGAGACGAAACUCAGAGAUGUGCGUCCGGACGGGACUAAAAUUACCGGAGGAGCACGGAGUUCAGAGAAAAACAGUAGAUAAUUC